GGCUGGAGGCUCUACAGACAGGGUGUGCCUAUGCAGGCCAAAGACUGCCAGUAUUAGCACAGGGCUUUUCUUCACCUGCAACAGAAUUCCCUAAUACACCAAGGAUUUGAGACCCCUCAGGUAUCCUCACCUGGUUUAGCCGGCCGGUUGAAGCCGUUCCUGGGAUUGUGGCCCCUAUUCCAUCCUGACAGCUUCUGGAAGCCACAGGAUUUCCUUUCCUCCCACUCUGAAGAAGGAGAUGGAGAAGACAGUCAGAACUCCAGGAGAUGGGACACCUUUCGUUUCAUUAGAAAGAGAAAUUAAAAUGUGUGAAAUGUGGAUUAUGCUUCAUAGAAUGAGCACACAUAAUUCACAUCAAUGACCUCCGACAGGGGAGGAACCAUUGAAAGGUAAGGAGUGUAGAAAGAGUUUCACUGAUAUUGGAAAACUUAGAAUACAUCAGCACAUUAACAUGGGCAAGAAAGGAUUCAAAUGCAUGCAGUGUGGGAAGAACUUCAGUCAGAGUGGAACCCUCAAUAUACAUCAACGGAUUCACACAGGAGAGAAACCAUACAAAUAUAUGGAGUGUGGAAAGAGCUUUAGUCAGAGUGGACACCUCAAUUUACAUCACCAGACUCACACAGGGGAGAAACCAUUUAAAUGUAUGGAGUGCGGAAAGAACUUCAGUCAGAGGGGAUACUUAACUUUACAUCAACGGACUCAUACAGGCGAGAAACCAUUUAAAUGCAUGGAGUGUGGAAAGAGCUUUAGUGAUAGUCGAAACUGUAGAAAACAUCAACAGACUCACACAGGGGAGAAACCAUUUAAAUGCCUGGAGUGCGGAAAGUGCUUCAGUCAGAAUGGAGCCCUUAAAUUACACCAGCAGAUUCACACAGGGGAGAAACCAUAUAAAUGUAUGGAGUGUGGAAACAGCUUUACUGAUAAUGGAAACCUUAGAAAACAUCAACGGACUCAUUCAGGGGAGAAACCAUUUAAAUGUAUGGAGUGCGGAAAGAGCUUCAGUCGGAAUGGAGCACUUAAAUUACACCAGCGGAUUCACACAGGGGAGAAACCAUAUAAAUGUAUGGAGUGUGGAAAGAGCUUCAGUCGGAGUGGACACCUCAAUAUACAUCAAUGGACUCACACAGGGGAGAAACCAUUUAAAUGUAUGGAGUGCGGAAAGAGCUUUCAUGAUAAUGGAAAACUUAGAAAACAUCAACAGGCUCACACAGGGGAGAAACCAUUUAAAUGUAUGGAGUGCGGAAAGAGCUUCAGUCAGAAUGAAAACCUUAGAAAACAUCAACGGACUCACACAGGGGAAAAACCAUUUAAGUGCAUGGAGUGCGGAAGGCAAUUCAGUCAGAGUGGAAACCUAAAUAUGCAUCAACUGACUCACACAGGGGAGAAACCUUUUAAAUGUAUGGAGUGUGGAAAGAGCUUUAGAGAUAAUGGAAAACUUAGAAGACAUCAACGGACUCACACAGGGGAGAAACCAUUUAAAUGCAUGGAGUGCGGAAGGCAAUUCAGUCAGAGUGGAUACCUUAGAAAACAUCAACUGACUCACACAGGGGAGAAACCUUUUAAAUGUAUGGACUGUGGAAAGAGCUUCUGUUUCAUUGGAAACCUUAGAAGACAUCAACGGACUCACACAGGGGAGAAACCAUAUGAAUGUAUGGAGUGUGGAAAGUCCUUUCGUGAUAAUGGAACCUUUAGAGGACAUCAAGAGACUCACACAGGGGAAAAAUCAUAUAAAUGUAUGGAGUGCGGAAAGAGCUUCAGUUUCAAUGCAAUCCUUAGACGACAUCAACGGACUCACACAGGGGAGAAACCAUAUGAAUGUAUGGAGUGUGGAAAGAGCUUUCGUGAUAAUGGAAACCUUAGAACACAUCAACGGACACACACUGGGGAAAAACCAUUUAAAUGCAUUGAGUGCGGAAAGAGAUUUAGUGAUAAUGGAAAACUUAGACGACAUCAACGGACUCACACAGGGGAAAAACCAUUUAAAUGCAUUGAGUGCGGAAAGAGAUUUAGUGAUAAUGGAAACCUUAGAACACAUCAACGGACACACACAGGGGAGAAACCAUAUGAAUGUAUGGAGUGCGGAAAGAGCUUUCGUGAUAAUGGAACCCUUAGAACACAUCAAUGGACACACACAGGGGAGAAACCAUAUGAAUGUAUGGAGUGCGGAAAGAGCUUUCGUGAUAAUAUAACCCUUAGAACACAUCAACGGACUCACACAGGGGAGAAGCCAUAUGAAUGUAUGGAGUGCGGAAAGAGCUUCAGUUGCAAUGGAAGCCUUAGAAUACAUCAACGGACUCACACGGGGGAGAAACCAUAUGAAUGUAUGGAGUGCGGAAAGAGCUUUCGUGAUAAUAGAACCCUUAGAACACAUCAACGGACUCACACAGGGGAGAAACCAUAUGAAUGUAUGGAAUGCGGAAAGAGCUUUCGUGAUAAUAGAACCCUUAGAACACAUCAACGGACUCACACAGGAGAGAAACCAUAUGAAUGUAUGGAGUGUGGAAGGAGCUUUCGUAAUAAUGGAACCCUUAGAACACAUCAGUGGACUCACACAGGGGAGAAACCAUAUGAAUGUAUGGAGUGUGGAAAGAGCUUUCGUAAUAAUGGAACCCUUAGAACACAUCAACGGACUCACACAGGGGAAAAACCAUUUAAAUGCAUGGAGUGCGGAAGAAAAUUCAAUCAGAGUGGACAACUAAAUAUGCAUCAACUGACUCACACGGGUGAAAAACCUUUUAAAUGCAUGGAGUGCGCAAAGAGCUUUAGUGAUAAUGGAACCCUUAGAACACAUCAACGGACUCACACAGGGGAGAAACCAUAUAAAUGUAUGCAUUGUGGAAAGAGCUUCAGUAAUCGUGGAAACUUAAAUAUACAUCAACGGACUCACACAGGGGAGAAACCAUAUGAAUGUAUGGAGUGCGGAAAGAGCUUCAGUUUCAAAGGAAGCCUUAGAAUACAUCAACGGACUCACACAGGGGAGAAACCAUAUGAAUGUAUGGAGUGCGGAAAGAGCUUCAGUUGCAAUGGAAGCCUUAGAACACAUCAACGGACUCACACAGGGGAGAAACCAUGUAAAUGUAUGGAGUGCGGAAAGAGCUUCAGUUUCAAAGGAAGCCUUAGAAUACAUCAACGGACACACACGGGGGAGAAACCAUAUGAAUGUAUGGAGUGCGGAAAGAGCUUUCGUGAUAAUGGCAACCUUAGAAGACAUCAACGGACUCACACAGGGGAGAAACCAUGUAAAUGUAUGGAGUGCGGAAAGAGCUUUUGUGAUAAUGGAACCCUUAAAAGACAUCAACGGACUCACACAGGGGAAAAACCAUUUAAUUGCAUGGAGUGCGGAAGGAAAUUCAGUCAGAGUCGACACCUCAGCGUGCAUCAACUGACUCACACAGGGGAGAAACCAUAUGAAUGAUUUGUUCUCAGGAGCUAAGUUUUGUGCCUCACUGUGGUCCCAGUCAUAACUGUAGCCUUUGAAAGCUCAGUAAACUAUUACUGAAGAAGU